AUGGGAACGAAUUCCGUUUGGAUGCAGUUGCCAUUAUUAACAGCAGAAUUGCCAGAACAUUGGAAUUUGCCCAGUUAUUUGGCGGCUGUUGUGCAGGUGACGGUUUUUUAUAAUUUUUAAUAUUGUUCAAUUUUGGCGUUAGCGUAAGUUAACAAGAGUUUUCAGGAAAAAAACUGAAUAAAAAAAAAAUUUUUUUUUCGCAAUUUAUUUUGUUUAAAACUAACCUUUCCAUUGAGUAGUGCUAUAACUAACGUCAUAUAGUCAAGUAGAAGGUUUAGAUAGCUUGCAUUGCCCCACUAAUUUACACGGUGCUGCACAAGGGUGUCAAGUCGUUCACCCUGCCCACGCCGCCUCUGAUCGUCGCCUUCUUGUUGCUUGCUUGCGCUUGUCAAUUGGGUAACUUUUCUGAAGAUGCUAAUAAAUCAUCUUAAAAGACUCCUGAAAAAAAUUGGAUAUUGGUAACGCGAAAAGAACAUGUUGGGGCAGUUCUAGGGACCACUUUAGUAGCGUCAGUGCCCUUAAGUGAUCCCUAGUUUUUUUCAGAAACGUAUUGAAAAUUUCUAGACUUCUUGAUGGAUUAUAGGAAAAGCUGAUUCACGACUGACUUGAGCCAUCUAAAAAAGGGUCCUGACACGAUAAUAAACGAGAUAGUUCCUGGUUAGUGGAGAGCGCAGACAGCUAGCCGAAAUUAAGAUAUAUCUCUGUAAUCUGCAGUUCAGGCCUGGUGUUCCUCUGGCAGAACACGGCGGUGGUUUUCGGGACGGAAAGGUCCCUUCCCCUGUACCUUCUCCUCUUCGGCCUCGCCAUCGUCAACGCCAUGUCCAGCGUCUUGUUUCUGCCCUUCAUGGCCCAGUUCCAUCCGGCCUAUCUCAAUGCCUACUUCCAUGGAAUGGGCCUCAGUGCCCUGAUCCCCAGCGUCCUGUCGUUGAUCCAAGGUUUCGGAAAUAUUUAAAAAAAUUAUUUUACUAAAAAAAGAAUUUCUUUUUGGAAUUUCCUGGAUGAAGUACUGAAGAUUUGAAGAUACAGAAAAAGUUUCACUUAAAAAAAUAUUUUAGGCUCCUUUUUUUAUCAAUUUUUAUGCAGAUUCUAGAAGAAAAAUGAUUUUUUUAAAUACGGAAGGCUGUUUUUCGGCUCGAAAUUCGAAAGUUGAGGACAAUUUAAUUUCUCUACUGUUUUUUUGAAAAAAAUCAUAACUUUUCGUUCUAUCCCAAAAAUAAUUACCCAAAGCAAUUUUCCAUGAGUUAAAAAUCAAAAUUUUUAGAAUUUUUCUCCCUUUUUGGGGCGAAUUACGGCUUGAAACCUGAGAAAAUGAAGAAUUUAACAAACUUUAUCAUCAGAAAAACCGUGAAAAUCCCAAAUUCGUCCAGGAACUUCGAAUUACGAGUGUAUCGGCUCGAUUCCUCACUAUUUCCCGCCACGAUUUUCUGUUUCGAUCUUCUUCCUGGUCAUUUUCCUGUGGACCUGUUUGGCGACGGCGUCCUUCGGAGCUCUCUACAUCUCCGGGGCUCAUACUCAUGAGUGGGUGCCAAUUUUCAGAAAGAGAUUGAAAAAAAAAAUUUCGAGGCGUUUUUCUUGGAAAUUCUUUUAGGAGACAAAAAAUGUUGGAAAUGAGGUGUUUUUCAUAUUAGUUUUAUAUAUAGACAAAGUCGGAAAGGCUGGAAAAAGGGUCCGUAGAAAUUAUCCUUUUUGCUGCCUUUUUGCGCCAUUUCAUAAGCUGGUCUGCCCCAUUUUGCCGCCUCUUUCUUUUCUCGAGCCUUUGAAAUCCCAGAAAAAUAAAAGGUUCCAAAAAAGGAAGGCAAAAGUUAGGAAGCUUCUGCUUCCGGUUCUUCGGAAGGCGUUUGGAAGCUUUCCAGCAAGUGGUCGAUCGCCUUCCAUAUAGCUUCCCAACACCUUCUACUCAGAAAAAAAGUCUGCUAAAAGUCUUCCAGAAGCUUUCCAGCAGGCUUCUGGCAGGCAUUUUCUAAUUUCACCUUCCAAGUACCUUCCGAACACCUUUCAAGGCUUUUCAGCUUCCAUACACCUUCCAACUCCCUGUUGGUUACCUUCCCAACACCUUCCCAGGAUUUGCCAGAGUAUAACUUCUAUAGAAUAUAUAUAGUUCUCCUUGUCUUGUAAGAUGAAUUUCGGACAAUUAACAUAUCUUCUUCCGUUCAAAAUUCCCAUUUUUCCUCAAAUUACCGUCUUCAGACACUCGAAAAAAGUCCAUGAAGGAACGCCGUUGAACGAGAAUCUCAGCUCGAAUUCCAACCGUUCUUCUCCUUGUUCAUCCCCGGAGUUGAACGAAACCGGCUCCCCGGCUGUCGAUACAAUCACGACGAACGCCGAGGAGGUUUCAACACGAAAAUUUCGACUUUCAACUGAGAAAUAGUCGUUUUUGCAGUCGAAAACGGUCGAAAGUUCGAUGAUCACCGGGUUCGAAUACGUCUUUUUGCUGUUUCUGACGGCGUUGGUCAACGCGCAAAUGAAUGGGAUCAUUCCGAGUAUUCAGAGCUACGCGGCGUUACCUUAUUCACAGGUAAAAAAAUAUGAAGACGAAAUAUGUAAAGUGAAAUUCAAGUUUCUAGAUUGAGAACGUUCAUUUUACUGUUUUUUUUUUCAAUUUUUUUCUUGUUCCAUGCGCCUUUUUCGGGCAUAAAAUCGUCCUGGUUAUCAUAUUUGGCUUUUCUUCUCCUUAUUAUCAAAUUAAACACUUUUUUUCGUUUUUUUAGAACCGGAAUUUUUUUGAAUUGAAUCAUCUCACCUUUUGAUCGAAUUUAAUUUAAAAUAGUUCCAGAUUUUCUGAAAUGAAAAAAAGGCUUUGCCUUUUUUUCCCCUGUUUUCAGAUGUCUAGCAAGUUUUAAAUUCAUUUUUUUCAAUAAUAUUCGAAUUUUUAUCCCUUGUUUUCAACUUUUGUUAUUCCUUUUUCAUACCAAAAGUUGAAUUAGAAAAAAGAAUUUGAUUAUCAAUUUUUGUUUUCACAAAAUCAAAAUAUAUUGAUAAUAUUCUUCCAUUCCAGGACACUUAUCACUAUGGGAUCACAUUUUCCAACGUCGUUUCGCCACUAGCUUCAUUUGCUCCCUUUUUCCUGAGCAUCAGGUUUUUUCUUUGAUUUUGAUUCCACAAGACAUAACAAUUUUCAGAAGUUUACCAAUUUUGGGGACAAUGACGGCGACUUCAUCCCUUGUCACUUCAUUCAUUAUUUAUUUGGCCGCCCUUUCGCCGAAUUUGAUAUUCAAUUCUCAAGGAUGGGGCAGCGUUUUGUCGGUGGGUUUUUUUUUCAAAGGCUUGACUUGAGAGUUUUUUAAAUUCUAUUCUAUUUUUUUCUAAUUUUCAUGAUUGAAAGAAUGAUAUCCUAGAAAAAAAUCGGAAAAAAAUUUCCUAGAAAAAUCGCAAAAAAAUCAAGAAAGUUUUUUUGGUCUUUUUUUGAAUGCCUAUUUUAAGUUUUUAAAGAACAAAUCUCUUUGAAAAAGCUUCCAUAAGGGAAAUUCCAAGCGAUUAUUGGAUUUUGACGUUUCUCAAGAUCGUUAUAGUUUUAUAGAUCUUUUUUUGUAUCAAAAGUCGGUGAACUUUUUUUGAAACUUAUAUUUAGCAUUUUUUUCGAAAAUAAGUAUCCAAAAAAAUCGGAUUUUUUUAUCAAAGAUUGAAAGAAUAAAUAGAAAAAAAAUGGUUCAGCCAUGUGAAGCUUGAAAUAAGGAUCUAGUUAAGUUUUCCUUAAAAAGUUUAACCACGCAGAAAAAGUCCAAACGACCUUAAAAAGAAGAGUCGAAAGCUCCUUUUUGAGUCCUUAAAAAGGUGUCAAAAGUUUCUAUGGAAUCUCUUUUUUUAAACCUUCUUUCACGCCUCCUUGAAAAGUCCUUUUCAGAAAUUGGUAGAAAAAAGGCGCCUUUAAGGCCUUUUAAAGGCUUUUUUCCGAAAAUAUUUUUUGAGACCUUUUGGACUCCGUCUGUGAAAGUGUAUGUAAAGCCGCCAAAAAAACUCGAUUAUUUUUUUGAUAGUAAAAAAACUAAAAUAAUUGAUAAUUUCUUUUCUUCAAGAUAACCAGUGCGGUAGUGGCGGCCGGCCUUCAUUCCUACCUUCGGGUCGUUUUUGCCUCCCUUCUAAGGGAAGGCAACCAGAGCGAAUCGCGCUUGUUCUGGUGUGGAGUUUUCAUUCAGGUUGGUAUUUAUCGGAAAAAAGAAGUGAAGAAAAAAAAAACUAAAUUUAACAACAAAAAAAAAAGUACGGAAAGAAAAACUUGUUAGGAAUAAGUUUCAGACAAUUUAGUUAAACCCAACAAUUUCCAUUUGAUCCAAUUUUGCUGGAAGUGCAACAUGAAAAUUUGAUGAAUUUAUGCAGAUGCAAUAAAUAAAAAGGCUCGAGUUUCAUGUUCAAAGUAGAAAUUUCAACAAUUUUAAUGAAAAAAACAGGGGUUUUGGUGUUUUUUAGGCUUUACAACUGUACUAAAAAGCAAUAGUUCCAAUUUUUUGAUUGAUUUCGAAUCAAAAUGUUCCAAAAAGUUUUUGCUAAGGUUCUAUUUAUUGAUUUUUGAUGCAAAUCAAAGUAAGCUUUUGAAAAGAUCAGAUCAGAUCUACGAAUUUCCAAACUUUUCAUUAAAAAGAAAUUUGAUGGCUUGUUCUUUUCUUACUAUAAAUCUGUUAACAUAAAUCGCAGCUGUGAAAUUAUAGUCAUUUUUUCCCCCAAUUGAAAGGCGAGGCGAGGGAGAAGCGUUGCGUGAGCGACGCGGCUUUUGGCGGGAGUUCUGAGGUCAAAUGCAAGCAUCAAAAAUGUAGAAAAAAAAAGUUUUUCAUUUUUUUAAUCUCUUAUUCGUUCAAUUGUACCUAUAAAAAAUAGCAGCUUGAAAGAAAUUGUCAAAAAAGGAGAAAAAAAGGUGGCUCGUCUUCGACCUUGAAACCCUCGCCAAAAGCCGCGUCGCACAUGCAAUGCUUCAUCCUCGCCAAUCUACUUCAAAAAAAGACUGCGAAAAGCGAAGGUCUUGAAGCGAAGAUAAUUAAUUUUGACCUAAUUUGUAUACGGUAUUUUUCGGCCGAAAAAAAACGUGACAAUAUGGUGCAGAAUGGGCUAUAACCGAUUCACGGCUAGCGUUAAGGGGCGUGGCCUGUCUGCGCUCUCCACCAGCCAGUCACUAUCUCUCAUUAUCGUGUCAGGACCCUUUUUUUUUUUUGCUUAAACCAGGCUUGGAUCAACUAUAUACCCGUCUCGGCUUUCAAGUCGCUAAGGAUUGACUAUGGAAAACUUCAUUGAAAAUAAAGUCAGGAAACUUUUUCCAAAAACGAAGAAGCAAGUUUUUUUUAAAUUCUCAAAUCCAGAUCGGCUCAUUCAUCGGCUCAGCAGUGAUGUUCCCGCUGGUCAACGUUUUCGGGCUUUUCAGAUCGGCCCAAGCUUGUCCUUCCCCAUAA